AUGACGACGAGGAGGAGGAGGCGGCACCGUCGCUGCGCGGCGUCGGAUGUCAACCCCGACCACGUCGCUAGCCAGGGGGUGGCCGAGCCUGCUUGUGCUGCUGAGGACGCGGCGCCGCAGACCGCGGAGCAGCCUGCGGCUGCAGCCAUGCCUGAGAGCGCCGAGAAGCUCCCGGCCUCGGCACAGACUGCGGCGAGCAGCCCGACAAGGGUCGAGGAGGCUACGGGGAUGCCUCCCUCGAGUAACGCCACAGAAGGGGAGGACAGAGGCCCGACCCCUUCCCCCGUCGAAGGGAGGGAGGUCCCAACGCCGCCCCGGGCAGGAGCCUCUUCGGCUGCAGGCUCCCCGGGCCCGGUCCAGGGGCCGGUAAUGCCUGCGACCACCACCAGGGGCGAUGCAGCGGGCGAGGGAACCCGGGCGGCCUCCGACGACGAGGUGGAGGAAAUUGAAGGUCGUCCUCGUGAUGGCUGCCAACACGUAUAUGUGUGGCGCCAACGCGGGGACCACUUUAUCGGGCACAAGGAGCUCGCUGAAAUAGAAGAGGCCGCCAGAGUAGAGCGCGUGGCCAAGCGUCUCGUGGACAAGGUCAAGGGGGCAAUGAAAACGGCGAAGUACCGGAAAAGGUGCUUCGACCAAAUAGAAGGCAUCGUGGCUGAGAACAAGGCUCUGACCGCGGAGGUGGACCGGCUGCGCGCGGCGUCGGAUGUCAACCCCGACCACGUCGCUGGCGAGGGGGUGGCCGAGCCUGCUUGUGCUGCUGAGGAUGCGGCGCCACAGACCGCGGAGCAGCCUGCGGCUGUAGCCAUGCCUGAGAGCGCCGAGAAGCUCCCGGCCUCGGCACAGACUGCGGCGAGCAGCCCGACAAGGGUCGAGGAGGCUACGAGGAUGCCUCCCCCGAGUAACGCCACAGAAGGGGAGGACAGAGCCCCGACCCCUUCCCCCGUCGAAGGGAGGGAGGUCCCAACGCCGCCCCGGGCAGGAGCCUCUUCGGCUGCAGGCUCCCCGGGCCCGGUCCAGGGGCCGGUAAUGCCUGCGACCACCACCGGGUGCGAUGCAGCGGGCGAGGGAACCCGGGUGGCCUCCGACGACGAGGUGGAGGAAAUUGAAGGUCGUCCUCGUGAUGGCUGCCAACACGUUAUGGUUCACGUAGACUUGGAGGAGGAGGUGGCGCGCCUUCGACAGGAGAAGGAGCUGCUCGGUCAAGAGCUUGCCGGGGCGCUGGAGGCCAGUCGCCGAGCAGGGGAGGAACUGGGCGAGAGGGACCGGGAGUUGUCAGAGGACAAUGUUGCUCUUCGCCGAAAGCUCUGCGUGUAA